UUUCUCGUUCUUCCUGUGAACCCUAAUGAAACCCCAAAUCCUUUUCCCUCUUUUGGUGAAAGUCCUCAAAUGGUUCAAAUGAAAACCCGUGUUCUUGAAUAAAUAAAAAAAACAAAAACAUAUUUUCAUCAUCACUGUCCUGCGUCUUCUCGAUUGAAAAACCAAUAUCUAACUCCUAACCCUAGAUUUGGUUAAAACAUAUUUGAUGUUCCUGCUGCUGAACAAGACGAACCAAGCAAAUGAUUUUUACAUCUGAAACUCACCAAUCUCGCGUUGCAGAUUUACAAUUAUUGUUACAUUUCUAAACAAAUCGAUUAAGUGGUUCGAUUCUAGCACUGGUGGUGGUGAAGAAGAACUCAAUAUCUUCAAACAAAGAACCGAUUCAUUGAUAGUUUGUGUUGUCAAUGAUAAAAUCCUUUUUCACGAUUAAUUGGGGUUGCGGGUUAUUUAAACUGGUAUUUAUUGUGAUUCCUAAUGAUGAUGGCGUGGUAGUGGUGAUGAAGGAGAAGAUGACUCAGUUUGCUAUGAAGAUUGCUCUUCACCGUGCUUGUCUGUCUUAUGAGUCUGGCCCAAAAAUUCCUGAAGUCCAUCUUCCUGAGGACCCAUUCUUGCAGAUUGCUGCUGGUUUGAGAAUUGAGAUUAACAGGGCUCUAGCUUGCUUGCGCUAUAUUGCUUCAAGACAUGAUUUGAAGAAGUUUCUUGCUGUGAUUGCUGGAUUGUGGGUUCUAUCCAUUGUGGGAGCUUGGUGCAAUUUAUUGACCUUGUUCUACAUAGUGUUCGUGUUGCUACACAUUGUUCCUGUGCUCUAUGAGAAAUAUGAGGACCAAGUUGAUACCUUUGCUGAGAAGUCUAUGCACAAGUUGAAGAAACAAUAUGUGGUGUUUGACGAAAAGGUUCUAAGCAAGAUCACAAGAGGUCCAUUGAAAAACAAGAAGCUCUAGAAGAGUAACAAAGGUAUUAUAACCCAGUAGUAGGUUUUGAGAGAACUUUUGGUUGGGUGUACCUGUGUUUUUGAAGACGUGGUUGUGAUUUUAUCCAUUGAUGGCUGUGACCCUUGUUUCAUCGUUCUUCUUUUUUUGGGUUUCUUUAUUUUCGAUCUUAAGUAGCAUCUGGGUUCUCCAUUUUGGAUGAAUAUGGUAUUUUGUAGGAUUUAAAAACUCAUAUUUCUCCUAUGUUUCGUAUAUGAGGUGAAUGAUUUAGAUAUUGU